AUUUUUUCAAUUUUUAAAAUUUAGCAACAUAAGAUAAGACCUAUACUAAAUGAAAAGAAAACGCGAAAACGAAGACGGCAACUCUGAGAAAAAGAAGAAGAAAAAGAAAAAGCACAAGAAAAAGAAAAGCAGUAGUAGAAGUAGUAGCAGUUCAAGUGGGGAAGAUUCACAUUCAGACAAAUGCAGUGAUGUGCUAGUAGGUCCAGAACCUGGCAAAUUGAUUCUAAUUCAAUCUAGCCAACUGCAAAAACAAAAAGAUCCAAAAACUAAGGAAUGUUCAAGAAUCAUGAAAAAAAUGAAAACCCCAAUGACAAAGGAAGAAUGGGAUAAAGAACAAAAAAAGUUAAAAAGAAUCUACGACCCAGAAACAGGCAGAAAUAGAUUAAUUCGUGGUAGCGGAGAAGUGAUGGAAGAGAUUGUGUCCAAAAAAAGACAAAAGGAAAUCAAUAAAAACGCCACAACAAACGAUGGACAAUUCUAUUUAAAGAGUGCUGAGAAAUUAUUAAUCCCACCAUAGCCCUCAUCAUUUUGAGUGAAUGUACAAUGUACAACAUCUAACUAAUUUCAAAUUUGACACAAAAUUAUCUAAUUACUAUUAUUAAGCUUUUGUUUCUUUCUUCA